AUGCCUGCCAAUGGGGCAAGCGAUCCCGGGAAUGCCCCAAAAUCUUCACUAUACACAGUCCCACAAGCCCAAAUGUUCGCGCCUAUGUCGGCACAGUGCGCAACAUUUGCAGCUCCGAUGCCUGCUCGCCAUGCGAACCCUCCUUCUCCACCGGUGCACAACAGUCGCAACGGCGUGUUUUCGAACCACUACGCCUUCCACAACGGCGGCCGGACGAUCGGUGGAUCCUUCUUCAACACUCCCGCGUUCACGAACAUGGCUGCAGUCGCGCAGCAGACGAGCGCAACGUCUCCUCCACUGGGGCCCGUCCCUACGCCCAACCGCGUCUGCUAUCCGUAUGCUUCACUUGCUUACAGGACGCCCCCGCAGCCUCAUCCUUACUUCUACUGGCAGCAGCAGCAGCAGCAGCAGCAGCAAAGAGCCAUCUCCGGAAGAUCUCCUACGCCUUUUCAACAAGGACCUGUAGCGCAACCGCAGCAGACUGUGGCUUCCGGAACAGUUGUCGCAACCCCGAGUAUAGGUAUCGGUGCCACGGAGAGCAGCUUUGCAAUGCCUGUGGAUAGAUCUACACAUGAUCAGAGUGAAGCAAUCGACCCUCAGAAUGGCCCUCAAACGCCUCCGAGCGGGCGUACUGCUCUACGAGAAGGGUCUGAUAGUCAUGAAAAGCAACCUGAUGCUCAACGAGAGACACCGGUAACUCCACGAAAAGCACCUGUAACUCCUCGAAAGAGUCCUGUAACUCCACGAAAAAGUCCUGUGACUCCGCGAAAGGGACCUGCGACUCCACGAAAGAGUCCCGUAACUCCACGAAAGAGUCCAGUAACUCCACGAAAGGGACCUGCAACUCCACGAAAGGAACCCGUAACUCCACCAGAGGAACCUGAAUCUACACAAGAUGAACGUGAAUCUACAGGAAAGGGAUCUGCAACUUCGCUCAAAUCCCUUGCUUUAAUCAGGCUCACCAACUCUGAACAACAAGCGAAGCGCAAAGCUACAUUGGCACUGGAGGACUCAGGAAAAGCAGCCAAGCAGAGAAAGACCAAAGGAUCUGUUCAGCCGGCAGCAAGCAAGCCGACUCGUAGACGACGACGACGAUCUCCGACCCCUAUACCUCGGAAUGAAGAGAUGGAAAGUGCAAUUGAUUCGCCGCAACAAACUGAUUCACCUCAACAAACAGCAUCGUCCAGCAGGAAAGUCAGGAUUAGGCCUAAAGCUACUCUUCCCGAGAAAAUAGCAUCCGGCUCAGGUAAUGAAGAGCCCCAAAAAGCGGAAACCCCUGGCGCGAUUACAGCUCCCGAACAUAUCGACUCAAACAACGGCAAAGCUCCUACUUCCGACCCUCAACCGAGCGAAACGCCACCGAAAGAAUACAUCGUCUCUGCCCACCUGCAGGCUUGGGCUAAGAUCAUCGGGGAGAACUACUUCUGGGACUAUGUCGAGCUCGUAGAACAGCGUUUAGAGGGAAUAAUCACUGAAGAGCAGCUGGAUGCAAGAAGCAGGAGGUGCUUCCAUAUACACGAUGAUGUGCCACAAGUAGCGACGUCGCUGAAGAAUCAGGUGAAGCGUAUGGUUAGGCAGGGGAAGGUGGAUAUUAACUCAAUAAUUGAGCAGUGA